UUUGUAGUGUAUACGCUUCAAAAUGAUCGUUAACACCGUUAGUGAAUAAAAGUAAAAUAGUAAGUUGCACGUUAUGAUUCGGUCUGGUUCUGUCAAAAUUCUAUUCAUAAAACGCGAACAACACACUUAAUGUUAGUCGGAUAUCAUUAGCUUAGCUGCUAACAACAUUGAAGACUUUUAUUUUGAUUUUAUGGAAUACACGCCACCGGAAGUUAGUACUUCGUUAUGUACUGCCACCUCUUUUGGCAAGAAAAGAAGCCUUCUGUUUAGAUUAAUACUCAUCUAAUUUAUGGGUACAAGGUAUUUCUUAUAAAACUCGUUUCAGUAACGGUGUAUUUUCUUUUAUGGUAGCAGCUAAGCUAACUAGGUAACGUUGUAGAGUAGCUGCCUAGGAAAACAGGAGACGUAUAGAGUGGUCGGUGGUAUGAAAUGGGGAGUAAUGUACUAAUAGUGAUUAUUCUGACCUGUUGGUUUAGGAGUUAGCAGUAGGUAAAAGUGUGAGGGUGUGUGUUAAAGUGGCCGGGAUGCUUCAGGGGCCGUAUGGCGGCGCCACUGAGCGCGAUAAACUGCUCGUCCGGCUGCCCUUCACUGUGUUCGCUGUAGGAACCGUGUGUCUGCCUCUUCUCGGCCUCCUCACCUGCAUCACACUUUCUGUUAUUUAUGAUUACAACGAAGCCACCUACACUCAUUGCCAGGUCCGCAACUACCUCCCUUCCAUCAGCGCAGCCAUCAGCCUCACACCGCAGCGCUACAUCUGGCGCUUCUGCAUCGGUUUGCACUCAGCACCGCGCUUCCUGAUAGCAGCGGCUUACUUCAGCUUUUACAGAGGCCGCUUCGCCAGGCACAUUUUGGAGCAGCUCCUGAGUGCCUUCACUCUCCUCUGUGCUGUAAGCGAGAAUGCUGGACUGCUGCUGCUCACCUAUGUGUCUUCGACAGAAACAUAUAAUUUUCAUAAAAAUGGCUUCAUUACAUUCAUCGCCAGCUCUGGGCUCCACAUGCUGUGUACCUGCAGGCUGUGGUAUGUGAUCACGAAGAACACCUUUAGUACUGAGGAGAUGACAUCAUACCGCUACAAGGUCCGCCUCUUCCUCUUCAAUAUUGUCUUAGCAGCGGCUGCGGGUUACUUCUUCAGGCGCCACAACAAGUAUUGUGAAUCAGGAAUUUACACCUUCUUUGCUCUGUGUGAGUACCUGGUAGUGCUCUCCAACAUGGCCUUCCAUAUGACAGCCUACUGGGACUUUGGAAGUAAAGCAGUGAUGGUGGCAGUGCCAGUGGAGUCCAAAGACAUCUGACGUUUAGAUAAGAUGUUAACAUGAAACCGCAUUAAUAUGGAAAGAACUGUGCAUCUUAAUUCAUAGAACCAUUAUUCCUGUGCUGAAGUAAGUGCUUGUGUCUGCGUGCGUGUGUGUGUGUGUGCGUGCAAUUUUUAAUUUUUAAUACUUACCCAAACAGAUAAAAGGUUUAAUUGUGGGGUUUUUUUUUCUAAAUUGUACUGUGUUUACAAAGUUUUUGUGAUUAUUUUGCACAGAUUUCUAAUUGUUAUAUCUUGGGAUAUUUAAAAAAUCUUGAAAAAAGUGUCACUCAAGUCACUGACUGAAAUCAUACAGUUGAUCAUUUUAAAUGUAAUAUUUAGAAUUAUACUACUACUAAUAAUAACAACCAAGAUGUUCCGCUUUAAGUCAUCAGUGAGAAGAAUUGAAAGUAAACACUUCCUGUAAUGUAUUUUAUAUUUGGGAACUUAUCUCAGGUCUGAUUUCAUGACACAUUUAAGGAUGUAAAGUUAUAUCAUGAGCAAAAGAUUAUACUGACCUCAACCAUCAGAGCACCAAAGUCAGUGACUAUGAAUGGUGUUUAAAAGAUGAUUUAUACCCGAACUGAAAUUAACACCAGAAUUGGUUAAUAAAGUAUCAUGAGACAUUUACACAAUGCUAAGCUGCAAGCUAUAAGCUUUCGUUAUUCCUUUAUGGUGUUAUUUAUACUUAACAUGUUUUAGUUCAUGUCUUGGGGACACAAAGAUAUUCUUUAAAUAGUGAACAAGAAACACAGAAUCACAUUAAAGGUACUAUGUUUAACAUUAAAAACACGGUGUAAUGUGUAUUCCAGGUUUAAAGGAUUGGAAUUACUUGAAGAACGUUAAAAUUCUACUAUCUAAAUUAUAAAUUAUAAAUUCUACUUUUAAUGGCUUAUACACACAUCAGUGGAGUUUAGGUUUUAGAAUUCUAGCCAAACACUAGUACUCAAGAUAUCAGAAAAUGCUGAAAAUCCUCUGGGAAUUUCACACACAGUAGUCUUUAGAGUUCAGACCUGCAGCUUAAACCUAUUAAUCUGCAGGUCUGUAUGUGGAAUUGGCUUGUUGACCAGGAGGAGAAUGAUAUGUACAACCGUAGUGAGCAUUUAAAAAUCUCAGGAUGCAAAACACACGAUUCUUGAGAGGAGAUGGAUGGGUUUAAGGACAGGGUGACGUCCUUAAACCCUUCAGCAGCAGUAGAAGCAGAAUAAUAAUUCGUUCCUAGUCUAAUAGUUGACUGGGAAUGGUUUAUUAUAUGAAUAUGGUCACAAAUUAGCAGAUGUAACAGAGCUUGUAAACAAAUGAAUGGAGCUGCUGGGACAAAGCCUGAGCCUGUUAUCACCUUCAAAACAAAUGGAAGUACAGAGAUCUCAUUUUACUGUCAAAUAAUUUGACUCGGACAGCAGAGGGUUAUAAUACCAGAGAAAGAUACUAUUUCUAUCAUGGUGGACUUUGACAUAUGUGUAAGUGACAUCAGACACAAUGUGUAUAUUCAGUGGUGUUGUAGCCUGAAAGAGCGAAAGAGUUUCAGCGGCCGAGACGGCACGUUAAAAAAACACACACACAAAAGAAACUAAAGGCAUAUGUCCAUUAUGGAGAUGAAGCUCUUUUAAAUUUUGUGUCAGUGGCACAGAUAGGGAAAUGGCUCUGUCACCACUCUAUUUAAAUAUGUCGAAGCAAAGCAGCUUCCUCUUUUCAGUCUGCACAUUCAUCUCAGGCAGAAAGCUGUCACUGCAUGAUUCAGUGGGUAAAAUGUGGUUUAAAGUCAUGUCUGAACAAACAAAUCAAUGAAAUCUGAACUUUAUUCGUCAAUAUACAGCUAUCCAUGACCGAGUGAAGAACAGUUUGCAGUAAAUAUUCAGUUAUAAGCACAAACUUUUUUUUUUUUUUUUUUUUACCAUCUUCAUUUCAGGCAGACUAAAAGCUUUUUACUUCUUUUUUAAGCAGCUGUCUAUUGUGGCACAAGAUUAGAAAAAAAUGGCUAAGGACCCAAAAAGAUAUACUGAAAUUUAAAAUAAGAUGAACUGUAAUCAUUUGUGAUAACUUCACACUCGCUCACAAUAUGUGUAUUUGUUAAAUAAAGACACUUUGUACUUUGUACCUAUUUCUAUUACUAUUGUUAGUGUCUAUAUGUCUAUUGUUAGGGAACAUCCCUGAGAAGUUGGUUCUGGUUAUGACUUGUGUUGUAAACUUGCUGUUUAUUUUAUAUCUGCCUCUGUUUGUUCUUCUCUUUUGAAAUAAAUAGGACAUCAAAUGUA